AUGUCGGCCUUUGAACAAACGUUAGAAGAUCUGCCUCUAAAAACCAUCCGUGCUUACCGGGACUAUAUGUUCCCGGCCAUGAUUGCGACCUACGGUCAUGACCCGUAUUUCCCCAUCGACUCUCCACAUGUCUGGAUGACUUUGCUCGGCUUCCAGAUCUACCUCCAAGAUGACAACUCGGAGCUGACACAUGUGGAUCCAUCAGAAGCGCCGCGCCGGGAUCUUGUUCGUUUCCGUGAUGCAGUUCUACAAAUGGACUAUCGAACACAUCAUUUCUUCAGUCUGGAGAACGUCGACCUGUGGAUCUUGCCCAAACCCUUUGGCACAUUCUUGCGCACAUUGGCCAACCCCCGGGCCGAGGGUCUGGACAACUCGGACCGCAAUGAACAUGAUUGUGCUAGCGUCCUCAGUGAGAUAGAACCCAACGAGUCGGAAUAUGGCUCCAGACCCUCCAGUUCAAUGUCCGGGAGCAUCUAUCCUCCAUCUGACAAUGAGUCAUACAACCCAGGAUCUCUGUCCGAAAUCUCGCGACCGGCAAGUUCGCUAUCAGUGCACUCCGAAAUAUCAAAUAUUACACAUCUUUCCGGUGUGUCCAGUUCAAUUGGCAUGCCUGACGCACCGCCCCGCUUGCCAGAUGAUUCAUCCCCUGCACACCGGCCAGCCAUAAAACAGAGAAAGCGCCAACGUGAAAAUCAUGAAGGCAUGGUUCAAAUUACUCGCGAACUCUGGGUUCAUGAGCUUUGCAACAUCACCGAAGUCCCUGAGACUUGGGUAGUUUCCCGCCCAGACCAUUUGGUUGCAUGGUUGGUUGAUAUGUCGGAAUCAGUCGAUCUCCUUCGCGAUGCCAGCGGUGAUUUUCUGCCAUUUCAAGCGUUUCUCCGGGCUGAGGAUCAGGAUUCCUGGGGAGGUAAAGGCUCUGCGGGACGCCCGGAAGGGGAUGUCGAUGUCUUAGCCCUCCUGCCCGGCAAAAAAAUUCGAAGCCGUCGGGCCCAGUGGGGUUGCAGCGGCUUACGGAAAUGCGAGUUUCUUGAUCCAUCCAUCCUCGAAGACUGUGAGAGAUAUGACGUGGAUCCUGCUGGCAUGAAGCAGCUUUGGGAUCUGGUGCUCGACGCCAAUGAGCGCGAAGGUGAAUCUGUCUGGAGUGUGAUUGCACGGUUCUAUCGAUUUGUAACCGAAUUAAAGUGUAAAGGACGCUUGAGAGGGGAACUUUGUCCUGGGAUCGCAAAAAUGGUUGCAUAUUCGACGGUUAUUGAGGGUGGCAAUACAUACUUUAUUGGCUGUAGUGAAUGGUCUCCCCAGCAGACUGAUCGGCGCGGACAUAUUUUUCACAAAAUCCCUCCACAUGUCGACGAAAUCCUAUUAAAGCAUGCACUUGAGCAUGGCGGUCUCAUUCCCAACUCGCCAACAACGAACAAUCUGUGCUGCUUCACAGCACACCCUCGGUUUUCGCUUUUGAAUUGCGGCUACUCGCACAUCAUUAAUGGCGAGAUUUUCGUUGGGAAGAUGAUUCCGCACCCUUGCCCAACGGAAAUCCUGGUUUUCACACCUGUCAACCCACCUCCGGGACUCGAACACAAAGCGAUCGUCCAUGUUCGGAACCCACACACACAUCCCAUUUAUCCGCGCACCAAGCCACGAUCCGUGGAUCGGCAGAGGCUCAAUGCGGCAAUUGAUGCCACCGGAGCAGGAAUCGGUGGACUAACUGUGCAAAAAUUACUGAAUGCUUCGACAACAACUGCGCUGUACAGCGGAAAGCGGGUCAACGAAUCCAGUCCCGCAUAUCAGGACAAGCGCUUGGUACGGAACGCAAUUUCCAAGAAGCGAACCGAGAAGAAUCCCAUGGGAUUUGGGUGGGAAGGUGUUGUCUUCCGCAACAAUACUGUAGAUCGAAAACUGCCUGCAAAUGAGCGCUAUAUCCAUUCAGUUAUCAGCAAGGCUGAUUUUCGUCUUGCGGUGACGAUGAACUCAUCCAUUAUGCAAUACAUUCAUCGCAUGCGGGCGAUCAUGUUUGACUAUUCAUACAAACGAGUCAACGGUGAUAUAAACGAGUGCGAAGCAGUCGGAUUUUCGAACUUUUUGAGUCAGCGGAUCACACUCGGAAGUAUCUACGGCGAUGGUCUUGAUACCAAUGCCUAUGUACACCUAUUCACCGAGUUUUGGGACUCCGUGGAAAGUUCAACAGGAUGCUUCCUGAAACUGGCGCCAUUCUAUCCUGACGGCAAGCUCAAAGUGAUUGUUUUAGACGGCGAUAUUGCCCAAGCAAUGGGAUUGGGUAUUUUUCUGUCCCGGUACAACAAGCCCGAAAUCAGCGGGAUUCAGACAACAGAUCCCGUCGAACUUCUGUCCUAUUGUCUCAAGAUGUGCACGGUACAUUUCAAACGGCAUAUCGACGAACUACCCAAAACAAUCCCACUGGCAACGAUUUCCCGUAUCAAGGCAAUUUUGACGCUCAAAUCUCAAGCCGAUCUUGAUAGUUGGCAUGCAGAAAUGACAGCUCAGACUGAUUCCCAUAUAAAGAACUGGUACGAACAUAAACGUCGGAAUCCACUUGUCUUGCGCGCAGUAAACCAAUAUCUGUCGAACAUUCCAGCCGAAAUCUGGAACACCACACCAGACGAUACAAAUUAUGUCGAAUCUGCUCAUGCAGCCCGCAAUGCCGAAACCUCAAUCCGGCUGACACCACUUCAUGCGAUUGAAAUGGCUGAGGAGCGAGAUAGGAUCCGAGCUGCGGAGCUCAUCCAGAUUGAGCAGGAGGCUGUUGUCCCAAGGCGCAAUAAUGGCCUGUUCAGUCGCGAAAAACUUGGUCUGCAGCGCAAAGAAUGGAAAAUGCGUCAGACCCAGGAUCGAACCGACCAGCUCACGACGUUCGAUCACUUGACAGCUCAGCGUGAGUUGAACCGGUCAGCGCAGAAAUCUUCGCUUGAGAGAGAGAAGGAGAUUAAGGAGGAGAUCAAGAAGCUGCAGCGAGAGUUGGAACUGGACAGACGCCGAGCAGACCACAAGUUGACUAUCAAGAACCUCCGGGACGAUAUUUCAAGUGAAGAGAGUCAUCGGCGGGAGCUCCGGUUUAAACGCGACGAGAUUGAUUCUAAAUUGGCUGCGCUACGAUCUGGUCCUUUGGCCGGCGUCCGAGUCCAUGGUCGACGAUCUAACACUGGAGACACAUUUGACACAAUCUCAGUAGACGAUGAGCCUCUAGACCAUGAUUUGCGGCCAAUUAGUGAACUUGUUAGCAACCAGCCGGAGUUUGCGGAUCCAACUCACAGAUACAGUCCCGAAGGAAAUGCGCAGAGUGAAGAUGAAGCAGCAUUUGAGCGUUCGCCUCCCAGGGACACCGAAACAUCCCGGUUUAGAGGCAAGUUUUUGGAUUUCAACUGGGAUACUAUGGACAUCGAUUUUACACUCGAAGACUACGAGUUUACAGAAGCUGAUUUCGCAUUCAUGCGAUCCCUUGAGCAGGGUAAUCCGACUCACGAUGAAUCCUCGCUCUCCGCUGCUUCUCACCAGGACAUCAUUCUUCCAGUUACAAUGUCGCCCCAGCCCCUGCCUCAGCCCCAGCCCCAGCCCCAGCCUCAGUUGGCAGUUGCAGUGGAGCACAUCGGCGAACUUAACCUUGCCGAUGUUAGCGUAGGUAAUAUUGUGUCCACACGGCGAGUGCGCCGAACACGGGACAGAGCACGGGACAAUGACAUUGGAGAUAACGUAGGAUCUGUGUCGUCCAAGAAGCGACGACUUUGA